CGAAAUGAGGUACCUCCUGGUAGCGAUUGCCUGGGUCACCAGUUGCUCCUAUUCGAUUGCCCUAGUACAUUAUCUAAAACUGGAAAAAGGAGCGAACGGCUGCAAAUCUCCCAAAGGCAAUGAGAUGGCUGUGGGUGAUAUUGAGCAGGAUGAUAAAACCUGCGGAGUUAUUACGUGCCAAAAUCUAGAAGGAGAUGCCUUUGUCUACUUCUGCCAGAUACCCGUAACUUUUGCGGAGUGCGUUGAAACUGCUGUCUUGACGGACGUGGAUUUUCCGCAAUGCUGUUGGACAUGUGCCGCCUGGAAGAACUGCGGUGGCGCCCCAGCAGCAGAGGGCGGGCAAGGAGCGGCCGAGGGUGAAGCUCCAGCGGAAGGCGAGGAAGCCGCUGCAAGAAGUGGCAAAGAGCGAUCCAAGGGAAAAGGAGGCAACAAGAGGGGCACCACAAAGCCUGAAGGAUCUACUUUGCCUGAUGGAAAUGGAAACAUUAAGUUUGGCGGUGGAUCUCCAAUUUCCAAGUUCGGUGAGGACGGGAUGUAAAUUCGGUGGCUCAUAUUUUAUGGAAACUUCCGUGGUAUUUAUUCAUUUUAAGCCCCGACAUUGCUCGACUUUGACCAUAAAUAAAUGACUCGACAAUGCGCA